GUGAUAGGUUGUCCAACACAUAAUCGAAUAGAAGACAAAUGAAAAGGUGAGAGAGAGUGCCAAAGAAAAGAAGCAAUCCUAAUUCCUAAAUGCUCGAACAGGUUUUGUGCGAUUCUAACAGAUAGAUAUAGUUCAAUACAAACUCAAGGAUAUACAGAUUUUCUUAAACACAAGACUCUAGUUACACAGUUUGAGAGAGAAAGAAAGAAAAAACAGCUCUUCUUCAUGGCCACUCUUAGUUACACUUCAGCUUUCUUCAUCCUCUUCCUUCUACAAUUCCUUUUCAUAGCAAUGUCACAGUCAUUUAUUGGUGUGAACUACGGGCAAGUCGCCGACAACCUACCACCGCCGGCGGCGACGGCCAAGCUUUUACAGUCGACCUCCAUAGAAAAGGUAAGACUGUACGGCGCGGAUCCGGCGAUCAUCAAAGCCUUGGCGAACACCGGCAUCGGAAUUGCUAUCGGCGCGGCCAACGGCGACAUUCCGGCGAUGGCGUCCGAUCCGAGUUUUGCGAAGAAUUGGAUUAAUUCCAACGUGAUUCCUUUCUAUCCUGCGAGCAAGAUCAUAGUCAUCAACGUCGGCAACGAGGUCAUGAGCUCCGGCGACCCGAAUCUGAUGAAUCAGCUCUUGCCGGCGAUGCAGAAUCUCCAGAACGCCCUCAAUUCGGCCUCCCUCGGCGGGAAGAUUAAGGUCUCCACGGUUCAUUCCAUGGCCGUGUUGAAGCAGUCUGACCCGCCGUCGGCCGGUAGCUUCGAUCCGAGCAUAGGAGAUCUGUUGAAGGGGAUUCUAGGGUUCAAUGGUGCCACUGGUUCGCCUUUCACAAUCAAUCCAUACCCUUUCUUUGCUUACCAGAGUGAUCCGAGACCCGAUACUCUGGCUUUUUGCUUGUUUCAACCUAACGCAGGACGAGUCGACUCGGGCACCAACAUCAAGUACACAAACAUGUUUGAUGCUCAAGUGGAUGCGGUUCGGUCUGCAUUGAACUCCAUGGGGUUCAAAGAUGUUGAGAUUGUGAUUGCGGAGACGGGUUGGCCAUACAAAGGAGACAGCAAUGAGGUUGGGCCAAGCGUCGAGAAUGCCAAGGCUUACAAUGGCAAUUUGGUUGCACAUCUCAGGUCAAAGGUUGGAACCCCAUUGAUGCCCGGGAAAUCAGUGGAUACAUAUAUCUUUGCAUUGUACGAUGAGGACCUUAAGCCCGGGCCAGGUUCUGAGAGAGCAUUUGGGAUAUUCAAGCCUGAUUUAACCAUGACUUAUGAUGCUGGCCUUUCCAAGACUAGCCAGACUCCAUCGACACCAAAGAAUCCAGUGAAUCCGGCACCAAAGCCUAAUAAAGCAGCAUGGUGCGUGCCUAAGUCAGAUGUAUCAGACGCCCAAUUGCAGGCAAAUUUGGACUAUGCUUGUGGACAACACAUUGAUUGCAGUCCGAUUAACCCAGGUGGAGCUUGCUUUGAACCAAACACUCUUGCAUCACAUGCAGCUUAUGCCAUGAAUCUCCUCUACCAAACUUCUGGCAGGAAUCCAUGGAACUGUGAUUUCUCACAAACAGCCAUUCUCUCCUCUGACAAUCCUAGUUAUAAUAGUUGCAGUUACCCUGGUGGGAGUACCUGAGAGCACGGAAAAUCUGUGUUUAGAAUAAAAAGAAAAUCUUGGCAGGUAUUUAUUAUUGUUUGUGUUCUUCAAUAAGUGGAAAAGGUAUAUUCUUAUGUUAGCAGAAUAGCGAGAUCAAUUGUGGUUAGAACUAAAUGGAGAAGGAAUUUCAGUGAUUCCCACUCCUUCCUGUGUAAAGGGAUUAACUGCUGCACUGUUAGUAAUAUGCUUGUGUAUUGCUUGUAUAUUGGUUCACUGUAGAAAUUUGAAUUUGUGUAUGUAUAUGAGAAGCUAGUUGACAUAGUUUAAGAGAAUUGGUGGUGUUGGCUUCUGAACAUCUAUUUUUGAUCCAUGUAAUCAAUAAUGUAACUGAUCCUAAUGAAUACUUGUGAGUUGUUUAUAA